GCGUGGAUGCAUUAUAUGGUAAACACGGGUACAAAAGGCAUCCACCAUAUAUAACGAAACGGAGAAUCGGCACGGAGGAAGCUAUUUUUGCGCGUCAAAACUUGUUCUCGGAUUUUUCAAAGGCGGGCGUUUCGUGAUCUGAACUUUCAGUCGACACAGAAUGGUUUUAAAUGGAGCAGCUGCCCCAAGAGGAAGUGCCGCAGCUACUGCAAGCAUGCGGAGGAGGAGGACCACAAGUGCUGGUGCUUCCGGCGGUGCAGCUGGGACUAUGCUCCAGUUUUACACAGACGAUGCUCCUGGUCUCAAGAUCUCCCCAAACGUUGUUCUUAUUAUGAGCAUUGGUUUUAUUGCCUUUGUUGCAAUUCUUCACGUUAUGGGUAAGCUCUACUUUGUGCGCAGAGAAGCUUAGAAGGAUUUGAGCUAACAAAAGAUAACGGAGCUAAGCUCGAGGCAUUGGAGUAUCAAAUUAUGUUAUGAUUUUUUUUUUUUUUCUUUUAAUCUUUCCCUAGUAUCUUAAUAGUUGUAACAAUUGUAGUAGUUUGUAUUUCAGUUUUCUAUAUUAGAGGUUGAACCAGGCAGUUGGAAUUUUAUGAAUUAUAUUUGUUUGUUCCAACAUUUGAGGAGAAUACAGCUCUUAAUUUAAAUGUCUCAUCUUAGACAUGAGAAAUAUAGUCUCAUUUGAAAUAAAGUUUUGCUAUCAUAUUAAAUUCA